AGAAAAUGUGGUCUACUCCAGUACUGAUAGCAGCAGCAACGUUGCUAUUUUUCAUCUAUAAGAGGAUAGUGAAGAGCAGCAGGUUUUGGCGGUGCAUUGCGGAAAUACCUGGGCCAAAGGGUAAACCCGUGGUUGGAAACCUGUUCGAUGUGAUGAAAACUCCAGAACAACUAUUUGUAAAUAGAAGGAAAUGGGCUAAAGAAUUCUAUCCCAUAUACAAAACGCAAUGUUUUGGCAAAGUUUUUGUCAGUAUUAUGUCACCUGAAGAUGCAGAGAAGGUCAUAAACGUGAAGGUCCACGAAAGGAAAGGGUCUGGUUACGACGUGAUAAGCAACUGGUUGGGCAAUGGUUUGUUACACAGUCAUGGCCAAAAAUGGAAAAGCAGGCGGAAGAUCUUAACGCCUGCGUUCCACUUCAGCAUACUUCAGGAGUUUGUUAGUAUCUUCAAUAAAGAGGCCGAGGGUCUAAUAGGAGAACUGAUGAAACAUUGCGAUGAACCUUACAUAGACGUACUCAAACCUGUCACUGAAUUCACCCUGUGUUCUAUAAUAGAGACAUCAAUGGGCAUCCACUUAUAUGAGCAAAAAUCAUCAGAAUCCUACAAAAACGCUGUCACAGACUUGGGCGAAAUCAUGAUAUACAGAAUCGUAAGACCCUGGUUACUAGUUAACCCCAUAUACAAACUGUCGAAGGUACAUGCGAAGGAAAAAGAGUAUUUGGACGUGCUGCACAAUUUCUCCGAGAGCGUCAUAGCAGAACGAAAGAAAACUUUUGACAUCAACCAUAACUCGUAUUCGGUAAAGAAAAGGAGAGCGAUGUUGGAUCUGAUGCUGCAAGCGCAACAAACAGGGGCUGAUAUCGACGACGCUGGGCUACGGGAAGAAGUAGACACCUUUCUAUUUGGAGGGCAUGAUACUACAUCGAUGGCUAUCUGUUUCGCUUUGAUGGCCCUCGCAAACGAAAAACGUAUUCAGAAUUUUAUAAAGGAAGACAUCUACAAUGAAAUAAUCGAGGUGCUAGGAGAUUCCGGAAGGCCCCCGACAUACUCCGACCUGCUGAAGUUGUCUUUCAUGGAAAGAUGCAUCAAGGAAACUCUGAGGUUAUAUCCCAGCAUCCCGAUGAUCAACAGGAUAUCAGGGGCAGACAUUAAAACCCAUUCGGGCUACACGAUACCGAAAGGUACCGACAUUAAUAUAUACAUCUACGACAUACAUAGGAACGCUGAUGUGUGGGAAAAUCCUACGAAAUUCGACCCCGACAGGUUUCUUCCAGAAAACAUAGCUAAGAGACACCCAUUCUCCUUCAUACCCUUCAGCGCAGGGUCCAGAAAUUGCAUAGGUCAAAAAUAUGGCCUCUGUGAGAUAAAAGCUGCGUUAUGUGGAAUUCUAAGAAAAUUUCAAUUGGAACCGGUAGAUACACCAGAAACUUUAAAAUAUAAGAGUGAUAUUGUACUGAGAAGUGCAAAAGAGAUUAAAGUCAAGUUCGUGCCUAGGAAAUAAGUAAAUUCUGACUACCUAGGAACUAUUUAUUUUAACGAUAACGAUAUUACUAGAACACCGACAACUUAAAGUAGUUUUAAGUUUACUUUGAGAUUAAUUUCAAACAUAAUAAUGACUGAAUAUACAACUACUUAUAGGUAUAGUCUUUCCGAAGUAAGUUGAACAUGAAAAAAAAAAACGCCCGCAAUAAAAUUUAAUGACUUUCA